AUGGCAAAGACAGUUGGAGUUACGAAUUACGAUAAAGAUGAAAUGAUCAAACUCGUCGAGGAGUUGGAGAAACUUGGUGUUCCCCUGGCGACGAAUCAGGGAGAUUGCCGACGACAAAAAAGAAUGAGUGUUGUGGCGGUGCAGUUGAAUUUUUGUAUUUGCAAGGGUGCUGUGCCGGUUGUCGGUGUAGGUGUGAGUGAUGAUGAGCAGGUGAGACAGAAUUUGCAGGCGGAGAUGAUGGUGAUUGAUGAUGUGAGUGUGGAGGGUACUACGACGGCUUUGUGGCAACGUGGUUGA